AUGGGGAAUCCCAUCUCGCCCACACUAGCAGAUUUAGUAAUGGAAACACUUUUGGACACAGUAAUACCAUUACUAACAUUCAAGCCCCCAUUCCUGAAAAAAUAUGUAGAUGAUCUUCUACUAGCACUGCCCGCGAAUCAACUAAACCAUGUAUUAGAGACUUUCAACAGUUACAACGAACAUAUUCAAUUCACCUACGAAAUGGAAAACAAUAGACGACUACCGUUUCUAGACAUGACACUGAUAAGACAAGAAAAUCAAAGCAUUAAAACAGAAUGGUAUAUGAAACCAAUCGCCAGUGGCAGAUUCUUAGACUACUUUUCGUUCCACCCGCUCCAUCACAAAAUUAACAUGGCUAAAAAUUUCAUCAGACGAGUUGACAAGCUAUCCACUAAUCUACAGAACGAUGAUAAGGCUCGCAUCAUUCACAAACAAUUGAGACUAAACAACUACCCGAAAGCACUAAUAAACAGAUUAAUAAGCCGAAUGCAGGAAAACAUCACGGCACCGCAGGAAACACCUAGUGAAAACCUGGAAUAUACUUACCGUUCGAUACCAUACAUACCAUACCUGUCGAACCGAAUCGACAAGCACCUUAAAAACGAUUACAAACACAUACGACUUGCACACCGCAACAUAAAAACAGUUAAACAGUUGUUCACAAAUGUUAAAGACCCCAUUCCACAUGAACACCAGAGCAACGUCAUCUACAACAUACCGUGCAAAGACUGCAGCGCCUGCUACGUGGGAAUGACAACAAACAUGCUUAAAACUAGAAUUAGUGGACACCGGACGCACUAUAACACCUGGGACAAACUACUGCAACAAGGUUACAACGAAACAGAUACCCAAAUCAGUUCACUUAAGGAAAAACCAGCACUAAUGCAUCACAGUAUCACACAGAAUCACCGGUUUGAUUUUCAACAAACAAAAAUUAUAGACAGACACAACAAACCACAAGCACUCCCGUUUUUAGAAAUUUGCCAUAUUGCCAACACAGAAAAUAGCAUAAACAAACGCACAGACACUGAGGGACUGAACACCAUAUACGCUGGUAUUAUACACUCGAUAAAGAACAUCAACCAAAACAAAACAGACAACCAUGACAGCCAAUCCACUACCACCACAACUCAAAGCUGUACAAUCUCUCAAACACACCCUUAG